CUUUUUUUUUCUCGCUUAAAUCCUCCAUAAAAUUUCUAGAUCUCUUUUUGGGUACGAUCCUCGUAAAAAUCGUUCUUUCUCUUCCUUUUUUUAGCCGCCAGAAAAUUUUCGUAAAGGCAGCAUCUUUUUUCCCGAGAAAAUAUAAUCUCUCCGGUGAGAGAUUUAUUCGAGCAUUGGAGACUAAAGGGUUGGACAAAAGGUCGGAGAAUGAAGGGGGCAGCGCUUGUUGCUCUCGCAGCCACCAUUGGCAAUUUCUUACAGGGAUGGGACAAUGCGACCAUCGCAGGAGCUAUGGUUUAUAUCAAGAAUGAUAUGAAUCUGGCUACCUCGGUGCAAGGCCUUGUCGUGGCCAUGUCCCUGAUCGGAGCCACGGCCAUUACAACAUGUUCAGGACCCAUAUCCGACUGGCUUGGGCGACGGCCGAUGCUGAUAUUCUCUUCGAUCCUUUAUUUCAUCAGCGGUUUGAUAAUGGUUUGGUCUCCGAACGUGUACGUCUUGUGCUUGGCUCGGCUUUUGGAUGGUUUCGGGAUCGGUCUGGCAGUGACACUCGUCCCUUUGUACAUCUCUGAAACUGCUCCUCCUGAGAUAAGGGGACAGUUGAACACACUUCCUCAGUUCAUGGGAUCUGGUGGGAUGUUCUUGUCUUAUUGCAUGGUUUUCGGUAUGUCUUUGAGUGCUUCUCCCAGCUGGAGAGGAAUGCUCGGAGUUUUAUCCGUCCCUUCGCUCUUGUAUUUGGCUUUCGCGAUGUUUUACUUGCCCGAGUCUCCGAGGUGGCUCGUCAGUAAAGGAAAGAUGGUCGAGGCUAAGAAGGUGCUUCAGCGGUUAUGCGGCAGAGAAGAUGUUUCCGAUGAGCUGGCUUUGCUAGUUGAAGGAUUAGGGAUCGGAGGAGAAAAAACGAUGGAAGAACUCAUAGUCGCCCCUGCUGAUAACGCCAUCGAUGAUGAGCUUGAACCCGUCGACGAGAAUGAGAAAUUCCGGCUUUAUGGAACUCAUGAGAAUCAUUCUUACAUAGCAAAACCUCUCCCUGGUCAAAGUUCCAUUGUAGGACUCCGUUCACGCCACGGGAGCUUGGCAAACCAAAGCAUGAUUCUCAAGGACCCACUCGUGAAUCUAUUCGAUAGUCUCCAUGAGAAGUUACCGGAAGCUUCCGGAAGCAUGAGGAGUGCAAUUUUCCCAAACUUCGGGAGCAUGUUCAGCACGGCUGCUGACCAGGCUCACACCAAGAAUGCGCAUUGGGAAAGGGACGUCGAGAAUCAAGACAAAGAUAUCGACGAUUAUGCUUCUGAAGAGGCUUCGGGUGAAGAUUCUGAUAACGAUCUCCGCAGUCCACUGAUCUCGCGCCAAACGACCAGCAUGGACAAAGACAUGAUUCCACAUCCUACCGGUGGAAGCACACUCAGCAUAAGAAGGCAUAGCACUCUCAUACAAGGAAAUGGCGAAGCCGGGGCUAGCAUGGGAAUCGGUGGAGGAUGGGUAAUGGCAUAUAAAUGGAACGAGAAAGACGGGGAAUGCAAAAGGUAUUACAUCAAAGAAGAUGGAGCUGCAUCUCAUCGCGGGUCUAUCCUUUCGCUUCCCGGCGGUCAGGACAUGACCGGAGGUGGCAGUUAUGUACAUGCCUCGGCUCUUGUCAGCCAAUCUGCUCUAGGCUCUAAGUUACGUAUGGGCUCGGCUCUGAUUCACCCGGAGAAAACUGCUUCAGAAACUCCCAUCUGGUCUGCUCUUCGUGACCCGGGUGUCAAGCGUGCUUUAGUUGUCGGGGUCGGACUUCAGAUUCUACAACAGUUUUCGGGUAUCAAUGGAGUUCUCUACUACACUCCUCAAAUUCUCGAAGAAGCUGGGGUAGACAUUCUUCUCUCGAACUUGGGUCUAAGUUCCGUUUCCGCAUCGUUCCUCAUCAGUGCUUUCACUACCCUCCUUAUGCUCCCCUGUAUCGCCGUUGCCAUGAGGCUGAUGGAUGUCUCGGGAAGAAGGGCACUGCUUCUGUCGACAAUCCCGGUUCUUAUCGUCUCGCUUCUCGUCCUUGUCCUGAGCGAACUCGUGCAUAUCAGUACCGUGGUCAAUGCUGCGAUCUCAACUGGUUGUGUCGUGAUAUACUUCUGCUGCUUCGUGAUGGGUUACGGUCCGAUCCCUAACAUUCUCUGCUCGGAGAUAUUCCCGACCCGUGUCCGUGGUCUCUGCAUCGCCAUCUGCGCCAUCGUUUUCUGGGUAGGAGACAUCAUCGUCACUUACUCGCUUCCCGUUCUUCUGGGUUCCAUCGGUUUGGUGGGAGUCUUCGGCAUCUACGCUGCAGUCUGCAUCGUCUCGUGGAUCUUCGUGUUCUUGAAAGUCCCCGAGACAAAAGGCAUGCCGUUGGAGGUCAUCACCGAGUUCUUCGCGUACGGAGCUCAGCAAGAUCUGUCUGCAAAGGAUAUAUAGCCGCUGCCAUUGAUGCCCAUCUCAGUUUCAUGCUAUAGAAUCUGCUCCAUCUGAUGAUUUUCUUCCCUUCUGAUGUUUCGUAAAGAAAACCCUCAAUCCGUUUUUUUUUUCUCACCAGAUUUUCUUCUUUAUAUCGAACAGUUUGGAUAAUUUGCUCUAUGCAAAGUUCGGAUCUUUGGUCCUUCUGUCUUUUUUUGUCGUAUGAGGAAACACAGGAGAGUCAUUACA